AAACGGAUUGGCUGUGCGUGAUGACGCAGUGUGGGCGGAGCGUGACGGCGCGCAGGUCUCUGAGGGUUGAUAUCAGUGCAGGCCUGAGGUUGAUGUGGAGUGGCGGAGUUUCUUCACCUCGGUGCAGAUUGGAUUCGGUUAUAAUCCGUUGAAGGUUAUCAUGGGAAAGAAACAGACCAGCAAGUCAAAAAAGGAUAUGGAAGAACCUGAAGAGUUUGUGGUGGAGAAGGUGAUGGACCAGCGAGUGGUGAAUGGAAAAGUGGAGUUUUUCCUCAAGUGGAAAGGAUUCCCAGACACUGAUAACACCUGGGAGCCGGAAGAGAACCUCGACUGCCCCGAGCUGAUCUCCGCCUUCCUCGAGUCCCAGAAAGGCGUGGUGGAGAAACCUGACUCCAACAAGAGGAAGUCUUCUACAGACGAGCCUGAGACGGAGGAGAGCAAGGCCAAGAGGAAGAAGGAGCUGAAUGAAAAGCCGAGAGGGUUUGCCAGGAAUUUGGAGCCGGAGAGGAUCAUUGGGGCGACGGACAGCAGCGGUGAACUGAUGUUUCUGAUGAAGUGGAAGGACUCGGACGAGGCAGACCUGGUGCCAGCUCGAGAGGCGAAUACCCAGUGCCCGCAGGUGGUGAUUGCGUUUUAUGAGGAGAGGCUAACCUGGCACUCCUGCCCAGAGGAUGAACAGCACUAGUAUUCCACACCCCUGUGUACUUUUCCAACCCAAAGGUUCUCUGGCUGAGCCCCCGUGUGCACCCUGAAGGUGUGGGUCUCGCACCGCGGCCAGCCUGAGCCUCACGUUCCCGCGUGCGUCGGAUCGACACGCCGCACCCCCCAGGAACAAUCCGUUUCUGAUUUUAAGAUUUAAGAGGAAUCUAUUUGUUGUGUUUGGCUGCUCGGUCAUUUUAUUUCUGUUUGAUGCUUUUGUGUAUCUGUAGAUCUCCAUGUCCCCAUUGUCCCUAUCGUCCAGUGUCCUUAGAGUUCAGUUGCAUUGGGUUCGAUUCAGCCUGAAUAGUUCCACUGUAUAUUUUCUGUACAUAUUUUUUCAGAAAAGUUUCAAUUAAAGGUUUGUGCCUUUCUUUUAA